AUGCUCGCCCUUCUCUCCCACAACCCCACCAUUCGAGCUACCGACUUGCCGGGCAACAAGAUGCUAACAGAAAACGGGGACGUGGCGUUCAAAGACUCCGGCGCCGUGCUCGUAGACCUGUUUGCCGAACUCGAAGACACCAUCUCCGCUGACCGGCUGAAAAAGGUCCUGGAGCAGGCGUGGGCGGAGGAUGCGUUGUCUACUCUGAAGAUCAUCUGGAAUGCUCGUUCCAUCCAUCUUGGCAAGUCGAGCCGGGUUACCUUCUAUCGGGCGGUUGGUUGGCUUUAUCGAAAUCACCCUUUGACGCUGAUCACCAAUUUGCCGUGGCUUGUGAGGCCUGUUAUUCGGAAGAAGGCGCCGAAGGAAGCCAGCGGGAAUUGGACUGAUGCUGGCAAAGAUGUGGACGUGGUCGAUGCUGAGGAUGCCGACAGCGAUUUCGAGCUCAUUGAGAACGAAGAUGACGACGAGAAAGGAGAGCCUGUGCGGAAAAGGGCGAAGGUAGACGAUGGGCUUGCCGAAUUCGACAUCAAAUACGGCGUCGCUCAUGGGUAUUGGAAGGAUCUCCUCAACAUCCUGGCACUGGCCGCCAACAAUGAGCUGAAAGUCGAUGGCGACCCACGGAAAGUGCUGAAUGUGAAGGCGAACAACAACAAGAAUCUCCGCGAUUGGACGGAGGGCAAAGGGCGAAGGAAGAAGACCAUCCAGGCACGCCAUGCAUCUGCGGUGUCGAAGCUCGACAAGGACGGCACGUACAAGGCUCUCCAUCUCAGCGUUGCGCGUUUGUUCGCGGACCAGCUCACACUCGAUCUCGCUCGCCUGCAAUCCGGAGACCGCGCGGAGAAAAAGCAAAUCAGCCUCGCUGCGAAAUGGGCACCGACGCAUAAGGGCAUGCACGACCAGUACACCUGCAUCGUCAGCUCCAUCGCCGAACUCUUGUAUCCUUUCGACAAGCUUCGUCCCGCAGGCGUCGAUGGAACAGAUCGCGAACUGUACCUCAAGCACGCUCGCAUCGCCUACCAAAGCCAGACACUCUCGCCACUGCGCAAACACAUCGAUAUCGUCGAGCUGCACCUCACGAACAAUAACUUUGCGGCCAUCCAGUACGAUCGCUUGCCAUCUCUCGCCAUGAACCAAUACGCGCCAGUCUUUGCGACCAAAGACUAUGAACACUUCGAAAAGUAUGUCGAUAAGGUGGCGGGUGGGAGGGCGAGAAUGUCCGGCGCGACACUGCUCCCCAGCACACUGGUGAAGCACGCACUUGACAAAGGGAACGGCGUUGAUGGCACGAAAACCACGUCCGGGAGCGCCAGAUUCAUGGUCCAGCGGAAGAUCGAGGCGCUGCUGCUCAAAACUGCCGAUGGGCAAUGGAAUACCCUGGUGCAGCGACUCCGGGACUCGGGCUCUCUGAGCGAUUCCAUUGCUGUUUGCGACGUCUCCGGCUCAAUGACAUACCCGACUUUUUCCGAUCAGACAACACCCCUCCACUCUGCCAUCGGGCUGUCGCUACUGCUGGCUGAAAUCACGAAACCUCCCUUUGGCGGCGCUUUCAUUACAUUUUCGGCACAGCCUGAACUCGUGCGCGUCGGUGGACCAAAGGACGAACGCAGCUUGUUGGAAAAAGUAAAGCUUAUUGAGAGAAGCAACUGGGGUGGCAACACCGAUUUCGAAGCGGUGUUUCUCAAGCUCAUCCUUCCUAUGGCGAUCGAGAAUGGCCUGAAGCAGGAAGACAUGGUGAAGCAGGUCUUUGUCUUCUCGGAUAUGCACUUUGACGCCGCGCAGCCGCGUGCAGAUUCCAGCAGGUGGUCGGCUUCUUUCGAGCGGAUCAAGAUGGAGUUCGAAAAGGCUGGAUACAAGUUGCCUCGUCUCAUCUUCUGGAACCUUGCGGGUAGCGCUCACGGCGAGGACAAUGGCGUUGCACCGAAACCUGUGGGUGCGUUCGAGCAGAAUACGGCGUUGGUGUCGGGGUACAGUCAAGGGCAGAUGAAGAUGUUUCUUGACAGCGGUGGAUUUGAAGAGGUGGAGGAGGUCAUUGUGGAGACGGAGGGCGAGAAUGGUGAGGUGGUUGUUAAGAAGCAGGAGAAGAAGCAGGAUCCUUUGGAUGUUGUUCGACGAGCCAUCUCUCAUGAUGCUUAUCGUAUGCUGAAGGUCAUGGACUGA